AUGUUUAGCAAGUUUGAAUUUGAUAGGAAACUGAAUCCUACUUUUGUGCAAGGGGAAUUUAAGCUCCCAUUAUCGAGCAUACGAGCAUAUCUAAAAGACCCUAUUACUCCCAGGUUCGUACACUUAGGUUCUGCAGGAGUUACCCGACCUGACAGGCCUGAACUUGAUCUAAGUAAACAACCUCCUGCUGUUCACUUAAACAAGGAAUUGGAUUUUAUCCUGACAUUCAAGUUGAAGGAGGAGGAUUUAAUAUGGGAAAGUGGAAUCCCAUAUACAAUUGUGAGGCCUUGUGCAUUAACUGAGGAGCUUGCCGGAGCAGAUCUCAUUUUUGACCAAGGAGACAAUAUAACGGGUAAUAUAUCAAGAGAGGAGGUUGCUCAGAUUUGUGUUGCUGCGUUGGAAAGCCCCUAUGCAUCUGGCAAAUUGGCGGAUCUGGGCCCAGUAGCAGCACGAAUUACCAACUUCACCACAGAUCAGUCUGCUCUUCUUGCUCUCAAAUCCCAUAUCACCAAUGAUCCACCACUAAAUGGUCCACCACUACCUCUAUUUGCAACUGGGUGGGCGUUACUUGCGGUGUACGCCACCUUAGAGUCACAGCCUUGA